AUUAUGCUGGUCACUUCCAACAAGUACGCCCCAGAACUCCUUGUCUUCCAACCAAUCGACAAGUCUGCAGACUUCCUCAGUGAAUGCAUCGAUGACUCCCUAAACUUGAAAGAAGGUAAGGAGAAGCUGAAGUCCUGUCGUACUCGGCUUUUUGCCCUCACCACAGACUACAACAAUGGCGCCCUCUACUGCAAGUGCAACGUGGACGGCUCCCUCAGCUUCUCAUGCCGUGCCUUUGGAGGGCAGUGCAAGUGUCGUCCAAACAUCAUUGGCCGCGACUGCUCGGCUUGCCGUCCUGGUUACUACGGUUUCCCAAGAUGCCGUCGAUGUAGGUGCCGCGUGGGCAAGUGCGACCCUGUUGAUGGCACCUGUGUGUGCCCGCCCUUCGUGACAGGGGCCCAGUGUGACAGCUGUCUCCAACACACGUUCGGCUACGACCCUUAUGUCGGCUGUCAGGAAUGCAAUUGUCACCCUUAUGGUGUGGCCAAUCAAAACCUCAGCUGCAACCAGCAAAAUGGACAGUGCAACUGCAGGCCAUCUAUCAAAGGUGUGCACUGUGACACAUGCCUCAUGGGACAUUAUGGGUUCCCUCACUGCCGCCGAUGUGACUGCAACUCCCUCGGCACUGAAGAUCAGGUCUGUGACCAAGCAUCGGGCACCUGCCUCUGCAAAGAAAACACUGAACAACCGACGUGUACCUCAUGUCGUUCAGGGGCCUUCUACCUGGAGAAAGCAAACCCGAAAGGAUGCACCCUUUGUUUCUGCUUCGGAACAACGUCCAGUUGUGAACACUCUUCUCUCACAUGGUACACAAUAUCCGACAUGAAGAACUGGACACUACCCAACACCGUCGACGCUAUUAUUGAAGAAGGGUCAUCUGAGAUCUCUGCCAUUAUCAACCUGGUUGAAGACGAAAAGAAGCCCCUUUAUUGGUCUGCCCCGUACACCUACCUCAGCAACAAGAUCAUAUCGUAUGGAGGGCAGUUGAAGUAUUCUGUUGAGUUUGACACCUACGAUGAUGGGGAAAUGGUCGAAGGAACGCCUGAUGUUAUCCUUAUGGGGAACAAUACGAGUCUUGUGCACAGUGUUGUAUCAGAAACUGACCAGACCGAAUACACUGUUGACCUUCGU